UCGAUCAUUCAACAACAUGUUGCAGAGCAACUGACUCACUUUGAAUUCGAAGUCGUUGGUAGUGAUGAAAAAGACGAGCUGGUGUGCCCGCAUGAUAAUGGUGCCGUGAUGCGAAGUAUCAAAUUCCAUGUGAAAUUCAAUAAGGCCGCGACAUAAACAAGUUUCAAAAGAAAACACAGCGACGAACGUGCAAUCGAAUAAACAAUAAAAGAGAAAAAAAAACACAUUUCAUUCGUAAUACUAUUUCCAUUGAGAUGACUAUGUGCGACUGUGUGUCUAUGUGUGUGCAUGUUUGAAGUAACAGAAUGUUCAGUAUCGCCAAACUGUGAGCCAAGUAUAAAAGUGAAAUAAAUAUAUUUUAAGGAGUUGUGUGUGUAAGAGUUGUUCAAACAACAGUUAUAUUUAUUUUACCACGUCGAAAUCAUAUUUUGGUGUGCUGGAAAAGUUACGGAAAUUCAUGAAUAUUUAUUACUAUCAUCGUCGUGCUAUUGUGAGCUAUUCAAAGCUUGGAAAGAUUUCCUUCUUUUUUUUCGUUUCGGUGCAAUGAAAUGUAAACAAAAAGCACAAUUUGUUUGAGACAAAUAUUUUUUUGGCGUAACAACAACAACUUCGCGGGAGAUCGGCGCAAAUUCAACGCUCUAUGGAGGAAAAAACGAGUGCAUUAUAGAAAGAAGGAUAGUCGUUUGCUUUGCAGUCAAAUCAACAAAAUAUAUAUAAAUUGCUAAUUAAAGCGAAACCGACACAAUAUUGUCGGAUACUGUACACAUUGAAAAUUGAGCAAUCCGCGGGAAAAUGAAAUGUUUCACCAUUUACACGAUAAUUGCGCUGGAGAUGUUUGUAGGUGUUGUGAUAGCAACCAAAAAGCUACCAAGUACCAAGUUACAUACACUUAUGUUGGAUCAUCAUAGCAUGAAAUUAACGUGGUACAUCGAUUGGCCAAAAAAAGAAGUCCUCUUUAAUGUUGAUGACGCAUUCACCGAUGACACCGAUUGGUUUUCUUUUGGCUUUUCGCAACGUGGUCAAAUCGAAGGAUCCGAUGUUUGCUACUUUGUCAAAAGCAUUUACGACGAUGAAUCAUAUAAUGAAGCAAUCGACACGUACGUCGGAAGCGAUAAAAAAGUGUACCGAGACUUACAACAAGAUUGUGAAUUGCUCCGUAUAGACGAUCGCUCAGUGGCAUUCAAACGUAAAAUUGAUACGUGUGACCCACAAGACUUCGCCAUGCAUGAGGGAACCAUGUUCAUUUUAUGGUCGCGCGGUGCGGAUAUUCUUAACUUCCCAAUGGAAUACGAAAUAAAUGGAACAUCAUCACACCGGCACAAGCGCGAAGGUCAUUCGCAUUCAUCGCCACAUCGAAAUGGUGCCAACGAUGGUUUGGUGAUGGCGCAAAUGUUACGUGCUGAUAAACUUGUCAUUCCGGAAAGGGACAUCAUGGAGGUGGAUGUUACAUUGAAAGAGGUUACGAUACCUGCACAAGAAACCACUUAUUGGUGUCACAUACAAAAGCUAGGCGAUUUUAUCCAACAAAAACAUCACAUUGUGCAAUUCGAACCGCUCAUUACAAAUGAAGACAUUGUACAUCACAUGGAGGUGUUCCACUGUGAAACGAAUGUUGAAGCCGAGAUACCGUUGUACAAUGGUGAUUGCAAUCAAUUGCCUGAAGAAGCGAAAAUUUGUAAUCGAGUUAUAUCGCUGUGGGCCAUGGGUGCGAGUGCAUUCACAUAUCCAAAAGAGGCUGGACUACCAAUUGGUGGCUCAAAUUAUAAUCCAUUCAUUCGUUUAGAAGUACACUUUAAUAAUCCCGAAUUAAAAAGCGGUUUAAUCGAUCAUUCGGGCAUGCGAAUCAGAAUGGUGUCAAAGCUUAGGAAACACGACGCUGCGAUUAUGGAACUUGGAUUAGAGUAUUCGGAUAAGAUGGCUAUACCGCCCGGAAUAUUAGGAUUUCCUCUGAGUGGUUACUGCAUCGCUGAAUGCACACAAACGGCUUUGCCAAAAUCUGGUAUCACAGUUUUUGGGUCGCAGUUGCAUACACAUCUUCGUGGUGUUCGAGUUUUGACACGGCAUUUUCGUGACGACAUCGAGUUACCAGAACUAAACCGAGACGAUUACUAUAGCCAUCACUAUCAAGAAAUUCGUUACCUACGGAAUCAAGUUAAAGUUUAUCCGGGAGAUGCUUUGAUUACUACUUGCUACUAUGACACUCGAGGCUACAACAACACAACUCUGGGCGGUUUUUCCAUAAGCGAUGAAAUGUGUGUGAAUUACAUUCAAUAUUAUCCAGCUACAAAACUUGAAGUUUGCAAAAGUUCUGUGUCUGAGAAAACUUUAGAAGAUUAUUUCUUCUAUAUGAAACGGCGCGAGCAUCAGCAUAAAGUGUCGCUAAGAGGUGCACGCUCUGAAAAUUAUCGUUCAAUUGAAUGGACCAAACCACACAUUGACGAACUAUAUGGAAUGUAUGUACAGGAGCCAUUAAGUAUGCAGUGCAAUAAGUCUGACGGCCAUCGUUUCCCGGGUUUUGAAUGGGAAGGUGCACCCAUUACACAAGCGACUAUUCAAGUGGCGUUACGACGAUUUGAAACUUGUGAAAAUUACAAUCCUUACGGCGUUAUACCGCUUGAACUCGGCGAAUGCGGUUAUUUAGGCGAAUGUAUUUAUUAGAGCAGAGAAGAUAAUAAAAGCCAUGCUUACCAUUAGCUUUAAGAUAAAUUCAAAUUCCAUCACAUUAAAUCUACAUUUAAGCACCAUCUAUUCAAAUAAAGUCACUGUUGAAAUUUUCUUUUCGUUUGUCUAA